GUAAGAUAAUGUGGUGUACGAAAAGUAGAGUCGUUCGUUGAGUCGUGCAGUGGCGUCCGUCCAGUAGUCUUAUGUAAAAGGAGCAACACGCAAAAAAUAAGUGAAUAAAUGUAAUGUGACAUAAAAAGCACGCGUAAUAUUUUAAUUUUAUUGAAAUGAGACCUGCGAUGGAAGACAUUUCUAUGGGGCAGAAACAGCCAUGGUACAAAUACAUAACAGUGGAGCCUCCAAUGUUCCUAUAUAUGAUGGCAUAUAUGAUCACAAAUGUUAUAGAACAAACAUUUUAUGUGUAUCAAGCCUGCACCGUUAACCAUGGCUACAGUCCAGAAAUAUGCCACAACAUUAGUAGUUAUGAUGAUGUUAAUAAAGAAGUGCAGCUAACAGUAUCAACGUUCCACCAAUGGAAUGGUGUUGCCAGCCAUGUUGUGCCGUUGCUUUUAGCUUUCUUCAUAGGUUCAUAUAGCGACAAACGAGGUCGAAAGAUAAUUCUGUUAGGAGGCCUUCUUGGGAAAUUAUUUUUCUCAGCAAUGAUUACCAUAAAUACUACUAAAGCAUGGCCUGUAGAGUACGUGAUUUACACUGCAGCAUUUCCAAGUGCCCUAACCGGUGCUGACUUGGCGAUAUUCGCCGGUUGUUUCGCCUACAUAGCUGAUGUUUCGUCACUGAAAAACAGAACAUUAAGAGUCGGCAUUUUAGAUGUAGUUUACUUAAGCACAAUGCCCUCCGGAGUAGCUAUAGGUAACUUACUAUGGAACAAGGUGGUCGACCGAUCCUUCACAAUCAUGUUUGCGAUCAAUACGGUCCUAAUGUUCUUAGCCACAUUGUACACUGUGAUCUUCCUCAAGUGGCAGACGAGGCCCGAACAGAAGUCUCUGAAGGAAGCGGGAGUCAAGAACCCUCUGACAGACUUCUUCGAUGUCAAGAAUAUCGUGCAGACUAUAACUAUAUUAUCGCAGAAGAGACCUAACAAUAGAAGGCUGUUUCUAUGGUUCCUUUUAAUAUCAAUGGCGUUCUAUACUUUUCAGAGAGACGAACGUUCCGUGAUGUAUCUGUAUACGAUAAAGGUAUUCAAAUGGGACACGACAUCUUUCAGCAACUUCAGGACAUAUCUGAGCACUAUGUAUGUCUUAGCUAUGCUAUUUGGUAUACCACUAAUGACUAAAGUCUUACAAUGGAGAGAUACACUGAUAGUGAUGUUGGGUGCCACAGCCCAUAUCUGUGGGCACCUAGUUUAUGCUCACGCUAAGACAGCCAAUCUGUGGUACUUGGGAGCUACCUUUGCUGCUCUAGGUCCUUGCGUAGCACCACUCAUACGCUCCAUGACGUCCAAAGUCUUGCCUGCAUCCGAAAGAGGUGUGGCUUACGCAUUCUUAUCCGUUAUGGAAAAUGCCGUAGCAAUGUUUGCGUCCAUAAUUUAUUCUCAGCUAUACAAAGCAACGCUCGACACUGAAUUCGUCAAUUCUAUAUUCUACCUCACAAUAUCUACCCAAGUUGUGGUUUUCACUUUGAUAUUUAUCAUGGAAAUUAUGUUGAGAGGCAGACCAUUGGAGCCUCUGUACGAAGAAGAAGAAAAAAGAAGAAUAUCAACAUCAUCAUAGCGUUAAAAUAAAACAAACUGUUGUUGUUUGUAUAGAGUAUGUAUUAAUUACUAAGCUAAACAUAUUUUAAUGUAUUUAUAAGGAAAAUCACUACUGAGGAACAGCUAUAUCAUAAAAUCUUGAAAUAUAUCCCAUCUAUAAGUAGAUAACACUAUAAUUACAGUCAGACUGACAAUAUAACAAAAGACUAAAAAUUUGUUAUCUAAUGUUAGAUUCUAAAAGAAUAUAAAAUAUCCAAUGACGUUCGUGAUAUUAUACAUUGUAUUUCACUUUGUGAUAGUUAAAAGAUGUAAUGAUAUUAUAUAUAUAGAUAGUAAGAAUAUAUUUUUAUUAUGUUCCAUCUAAUGGACAGUGUAAAAACAACAUGAAUUAUUUUCCUGCAUUUUCUUAGAAUGUAAGCCUAGAUAAUUAUACAUUUGAUAGAAAUAAAAAUCACUGCUUAUGGAA